UAUAGCUUUACCUAUAAACAUAUGAUAUCAUAAUUAGCAGUCGAAAAAUACAGUUUUUUCUUCUUGUUCCUAAUCGCCAUUGAAGAAGCAUCAGGUGCUGCUAAGAAAGGCAGGAAAAUAAUGUUCAGAUCAUUCCUUCGAAAGGCCGUUUCUAAACAGCUUAGUUAUCAUCCAGAUGUCACUAAACAGCUUUGUCGUCAUCCUUUCCAGUUCCAUUCAAAGAGAGGAAUGCACAGCAGAAAUAAGAAGGCAAUGGAGUUCAUAGCUAAAGGGUGGAAUGCUCUGCAGGAAGUUGAUAGAGUAAUUGAUUAUUGUGAGCUUAAUGACAAACGUCUCAUUCCUCCACUAAGGACAGCAAAGGAGAAUUUUGAGUUGGCCCUAGAAGCAGACAACUCAAAUACGCAUGCAAGAUAUUGGCUUUCAAAACUUCAUCUCAAGUACCAUGUCCCUGGGGCAUGCAAAGCUGUAGGAGCUGCUUUAUUGGUUGAAGCUGCAGAAAUGGGUGAUCCAGAAGCUCAAUUUGAAUUAGGUUGCCGUUUAAGAGUCGAGAACGAGUAUGUGCAAUCAGAUCAGCAAGCAUUUUACUACUUGGAGAAAGCUGUUGACCAGUUGCAUCCAGGUGCACUAUACCUCUUGGGUGCUGUGUAUCUUACUGGGGACUGCGUGAAAAAGGAUGUUGGUUCUGCUUUGUGGUGUUUCCAUAGAGCAUCUCAGAAGGGUCAUGCUGGAGCAGCUAUAGCGUAUGGAUCCCUUUUACUCACAGGUGUGGAACUUCCAGAAUCAAUAACGAAAUUUUAUGUGAAGAGGGGGUCAUCAAGCAGAAUAUCAAGGAGGAACGGCGUUGAUGCUGAGCUUAAUCCGAUUGAGCUGGCCAGAGAACAAUUUGAAAUUGCUGCAAAAGCAGGAUCGGACCUUGGAUUUAGGUGGUUACAAAGAAUUGAGGAGGAAGUGAAACGUCUGCAGUCUUCCUAGCUCACGAAUAUCUGAGACAGAGUCGAUUGGUUAACGUACCUACAAGGGUAAGUUCAUAGCACUAAUACAUCUGAUGUAAGCUAUCUCUUGUUCUUUCAUUUUAGAUUGAGAUUGAUUUCCGGGAAUGAGUGACAAAUUCUACGACGAGUCAAUGGUUGCAGCUGCUAAGAUAUCUUGGGAAUGAUGUGGAUCAGAGUUAAGAGCAAGCUGGUAAUACAAGUAACUAAACAACCCUUGAUUGAAGUUCAUAUCAGUCUAUAUAAUAGGAUCAACUAGUAUUUCAGAGAUGACACAUUUCAAGUUAUUUUUGGAAAAAGUAUAAGCAUCUUCAUCUUUAUACAUGAACUCAGAUACUCUUGUAAGAUUAAUUAUAGGCAUAAGCAGAACUCUUGUUAUAAUAGUCGCAUCCACUUUAAAGUAUUCUUCAUUCAAA